AUGUAAAUUUAAAAUAAUGGACAUUCAGAAAAAACUUAAACUAUAAAAUCUCAAAAUUCAUUUAAUUUGAGGUUUUGGUAAAAUCCUCCUGAACCAAAUCUCUCCUGGAGAUCUCACACAACUAUUGAUUUGUUUAGUGACUUCUCUGAUUUUAUUAAUGCUCGGUAUCAGGAAGUUAAAAGAAGAUCAAGUGACCUAAAAUCAAAUGCUAAAAUAGGAUUUCAAGUAGCGAUUUAUAUAUUGAACAUAUUUGAACUUGGCUUUACUUUAGGGUACAAAUCCCAUAAUAAUAUUCCAGAUAAUGAGUCAGUUUAUUUGAGCUGCUAUUAUCUCUCAAUAAUAAUGUGCGCUUUACUUCAUAGUGUAACCUGUAUAUACACUUUUAGAUUUAGAUAAGUUGUGAAACUGGAUAUAUUGUCUAUAAUUGGAUAGUAUUUCAUAUCCUUGAUUGAGGGCUUGUUUAGUUAUUUUAAAUUAGCUCCUUUCAUACAUUAUUAUAAUAGAAAUAAAUCUAUUAAAUAGUUCUCAUUUAGUGAAAUCAACAAAUACUUAAUUUUGGAAGAUAAAGACAAAUUUAGAAACUCAGCAAGGCUUUUCAAAAAAAGAACUAAGCCUGUUAAUAUGUUUAGAGAUUUAAUUUUUCAUAGAGUAGCUCUUGUUUCUAUGAUUAUUACAUUGUGUCUUCAAACCCUUCCUUAGCUCUUUAUUUAAGGCUUUUAUAACACAAAAGAAGUGUUAUGGGAUGAUGGGUAUAAUGUUUUUACUUAUAUUUUAUUAAUCUUCAAUGGAGCUUAUUAUCUAAUCGAAUUGAUUUUUAUUGUAUUUACAACUUCUUAUAGGUAAAUGCAAACGGAGAUUUAAUUUAAAUUGCAUAAAAUAAAGUUGAAGUACUUAAAUGAAACUAAAUAGUUAUUAAAAUCUGAUGAAAAAUACAUGGCAUUUGUUAAAUCUUUUUAUUUUCAUAUAGAUCCAAGUAAUUUCAAUUCUUAUCAAAAAAAAAGAUGUAUGGUUUAAAUUAUUACUUUUUUGACAAGUUAAAAACAAUUUUAAAAUAUCUAAUUUCAUUUUAUCGAUGGAUAUGAAUCUGUUACACUCUAGUAUUUAGCUAAUUGUUUUAGAUUGAUUAAGGUUGAAAAAAUCAGUCUUUUAUAUAAAAAUCAAAGCAUGCUAAAUUAACUAAGAGAUAUCUUUCCAGUUUAAGAAUUUACACAAUUAAAAAUUGAAUAUCAGGAAGACGACAGUAUGGAUUACUUAUGGGACAAUGAUAAAUUUGAUGCAGAUGCAGAGGAGGAAAGGAUCUAGGAGAUUCAAUUUAUUGAAAAUCCAAAACUGAAUUCUGGUUUUUAAGUGGUAACAAUGAAUUAAAAUGGUACAUAAGAAAACGACUUUAUUAUUUUGAGUGAAGAAUUUAAAAGCGUAAAUUAUGAAAUGAGGGAAGACUCUAACAAAAUUAUUGAAAAAGCGAAAAGUACUAUUAAAGUCCUAACAAAAACAUACCUCUUAUCUGAAAAAUUAGGUCGAUUUAAAUUUUUGUUAGUGGUGAAAGAGCUUUAUGACGCUUGGAGUUAAUUAACUGUGUUUUAAGCAGCUCUUUAAAGUAUUUGGACACUAAUUAAUUUAUCUUUUUCAAUUAUUUCUUUGAUUUAUAUUACAAAUAACUUGGAUCCUUAUAUAACUUCAUUAUUAGGGCUGGCCUUUGGCAAUUUUAUUUUAUAACUCAUAUCAUUUAUAAUAUUUCAAGAAAGGCUAUCUAAAGACUUUUCAUUUUUAGAAAAAGCCAUAUAUGCCCUCAUUUUUGGUUUAUUGAACCUUAUCAAAGUUUGGGAUAUCGCAAUGAUAAUUAUGUAUAAUUUUAUAGUUAAGUUCCAUGACUUAGCAAAUAGACCAUUCAAUGCAGAAGGAUAUAAAAAAUUUAAAAGUUAUGCAUCAAAAUUUAAAGGAAGUCUACCUAUCUCAGUAUUUUAAUUUGUAACUGUUAGCAGUAAUUCUGAAGGUUUUUUUGCAAUGAAAUAAUUACCAUUUUAUGAGGCUGUAAUGUGGAGAGCUAGUGUGGAAGAAGCUUUAAAUAAGAUACCUUAAUUAUUUGUUCAUAUUUUGGCCUUAUCCUCUAACGGUUCAACUGGUCUUUGGGUUAUUUCUUUUUUAUAGCAAUUAAAAGAAGGAGUUUAAGCAGUAAAAGAUAUUUUAGAAAUUACAAUCAAAGACUUUUAUAUACCGGCAUUAAUUUUAAGUACUGUUUCAGUUGAAUAAUUUUAUUAAUCCAUGCUUUAUUUGAAUUCGAUAUCAAAUUAAAUUUUAUUAGAAUAUCCCAAAUCUUUUCAAAUCAUGUCGAAAGUGAAGGAAAGCUAUAUAAAGAACAAAUGUACUUUUAAAAUCAAUUUGAAAACUUUAGAUUUCUCCAAUUAUGAAGGAGAUAAAAAAGAGAAGAUGCUUGCUUAAUUUAGAUAAGUUCUUGCUUCAAUUUAAAGCGUUUUAGAAAUAGAUCAAGCAUAAAGACUGUUAUGCAUGGGACCUGAGAUAAAUGAUUUUGUGAAAUGCAUAAAAGCUAGCCAGAUUUUUUCAUUGAAGCUUAACUUUAAUUUAGACGAAAUAAGAUAAUAAGACCUUCAAUAAGUUAAUUCGUAUAUGGAAUUUUUCCCAUCCAAAUUAAAAUUCUUACAAAUCUCUGUUGAAACUUUUGAAGAAAGAAAAAUGAACUUUAAACUUGGAAACAGUCAAACCAUAAGAUGGUUUUCUUAUUCCUAUUAUUAAAUUAUAAAAUAGUAUAGACAAUAACAAAUCAAUCCUUCGUAAGCAAUUUUAAAUAUUGACGAUUAAUUCAUAAGAUUGGAUAGAUACAAUUUUGAAGGGUUAUUUUUUGAAGUUGCAGGCAAUCUUUAAUUAUAAAAAUGUCAUACGCUUUUUUAAAGAUUCUAAAAUUUAAAAGCAAUGAAGAUAUCUCUUAAAAAUCUCACAAAUGAAAUGAUAUCAUUUAAUUUUUAUAAAAAUAUUUCAGGUAGCUUAUAAUAUCUUGAUCUAACCUUUGAAAAUCUCCUUUUGGACUUUUCAUAAUUUUCAUUUAAUAAUCUUAAAAACCUUAAGUUAAUUAUAAAGAAAUGUUAAUUUUCUAAAGUACAAUUUUCCAAUAUUUUGAGAGAUAUGAAUAAUGGAAAAGAGAAAAAAAUAUAUAUUGAAUUGAUUAAAGUUUAGGAAUUUUAAGAUGAUGAAUUAAAAUACUUAGUCAGACUUCUAGAAUAAAAAAAAUUUGAGGUGACUAUUAAAAAAUUGUGA